CGGCCGGCUGCCAGCACAUUUCGCACCCCCGCCUGUCUUCGCGCGCGCGGGCCUGACGCAAUGUAGCCCGCGCGUGGGUAGAUGUCCACGUAUUCUUGGGAACGGCAGUGCCGUCACGGUUCUCGCUGACUUACUGCAUUCCAUGUGUGCAUCGCAUAUAUAGGCCGGCGUGGGCGCGGGGGCUUCGACUUUGUGACUGCCGCCUCUGACGCGAGGCGCUUCAUGAACACGAGUGCGGCUUGAGGCAAGGCGGCCUUUGUUCUCUCGCGUACUUGUAGCGCGGAGGUCCUCAGCGUAGUUGGUGCUUCCUCCUUCAUCUCGUCCUCGCACGUCGCGAGUGCUCCUUUCCGCAAAGAUGCAAUUUCACUUGUGGCUAUACCUCCUCACGCUGUACGCCCUCCUUGCGGGCGUACAUGGCCUGAUCCCCGUCCCGCCACACGCGAAGGUUCCUGUAUAUGCCCACGGCGAUGUACUACCGACACAGGCCGCGAGCCCACCUCCCGGUGUCUCCCUCGCCCCGACGCCGGUACGCGGUGAGACGGGCAUGCCGCAGGACUCAGCGUCAGCGCCAGCCUCAGUCGAGGUCGAGCCAGCCGCGGAACCCAUAGCACCGCCCGAGCCCGUCGAGACCCGCGUCCGGUCCGCCAAAUUCGCCAGGCGUAGGCGAGCGCAUCCUUGAACGCCAUCCCCUGCGUCGCUUCCGCAGUGGACUUCGUGAGCUCUCCAUGUUUUUCACAACCUUUCUGUACGUACUAUCCUGCCUCCAACCCACGCCAAUGCCUCACCUUCCGCUAGUCUUGACAGACAACUAGACGACAUGUAUCAGUAUGCCUAUUAUCCUUUAGACGGACACUGUAUCGUAAACCUCCCGCACGCUAUGCCUGCAUGAAUCAAUCACGAUUGGACGAUGCCCA